AUGACGGUCAAGUGGUCAGGCAGCGGGGCGACUACUCCCAGCAAUGACAGCCAGAUUUUCGACGAUGUCGAGAAAGGUCUGAAGCCUACUGCCAUCGAGAGCCUCCCGUCACCUGUUUCACCAAUACAUGAGGGUAUUACACCGACUUCCAGUUUUCCCGCCCUGUCGCAGACUCUGCUACCAGCCUGCCAUUUCCAAGAGAAGAAUCCUGCCCCUGGGCCGCCUGCUGUCAAGGCAACCACAACCGUUCAACCUCGACCAAAGCCCAGUCGCUGGAUCCUCUUUCGACUUUGGUUCAGCACCUAUCGCAAGUUCUUCACCUUCAUCGUGGCCCUCAACCUGACCGGCAUCAUCUUGGCAAUCCUUGGCCGCUUCCCCUACGCCGAGAACCAUCUCGGUGCUCUCUUGCUUGGUAAUCUUCUUACUGCCGUGUUGAUGAGAAACGAACUUUUCCUAAGGUUUCUCUACUUCAUCUCUAUCUACGGCCUUCGCAGCUGGGCACCGACCUGCUUCAAGAUUGCAGUAACCUCAGCUCUCCAGCACGUUGGUGGGAUACACUCUGGUUGUGCGCUUUCCGGCGCUGCUUGGCUGGUUUACAAAGUUGCCGACAUUGUUGUCCACCGGGCCUCUCAACACGGCGCUGUCAUCGCCACAGGCAUCAUCACCAGUAUCCUCGUCAUCAUCUCCAUCCUCAGCGCUUUCCCAUGGGUUCGCAACAAUCAUCACAACACCUUUGAAAGGCACCAUCGCUUCAUCGGAUGGCUUGGCCUGGCGCCGUCACCCAAAGUCGCGAUCCUCAAGUUCGAGCGCGGCAUGCAGCAAGGUCUGCUCGGCAGGAUCAGCCGCACUUCCAUCAUGGAGUACCACGCAUUCGGCAUCAUCAGCGAGGGCCGCAAAUCGGGCUGUCACUACAUGAUCUGCGGCGUGCAGGGCGACUUUACGAAAGGCCUCGUGGCCGAUCCGCCCAAGACUGUGUGGACGAGGGAGCUCAAGUUCGCCGGAGUCGGUCACGCGUCCGCCAUGUUCAAGAGGGGUAUCCGAAUCUGCACGGGGACCGGCAUCGGCGCCGCGCUGUCGACUUGCAUCCAAAGCCCCAACUGGUGCGCCAUUCACAUGCAUAAUUUCAGGUUGUAUUUACUGAUGCUGUUCAGGUUCUUCAUCUGGAUCGGGUCGGACCAGGAAAAGACAUUCGGGCCUACGAUCAGUGGCCUCAUCCACAAGCACAUUGAGCCUGAUCGCAUGAUCCUGUGGGACUCCAAACAGCGGGGCGGCCGGCCGGAUACCUUGCAGCUCCUGCAAGACGUCUACAAGAGCUUCGGCGCUGAGGUCAUCUUCAUCACGUCCAACAAGCAGGGCAACGACGAGAUGAUGCAGGGUUGUCUUGCUACUGGCAUGAACGCAUUUGGAACGCUGUGGGACUUUUGA